AUGGAGCAGAUCACUUCUGAAACACCAGAGCCCGUGUCUGUCAAACCUGACGAGAAUGGCGGAACAGGAACCGAAAAAGCCAACGUUGAAUCGCCAUCUCCGUCGCCCCCUGUCGAGGAUUAUUUCGCCUGGCUGCAGGCCUUGGGAGCCUUUUGCCUGAAUCUCAACACCUGGGGACUCAUGAAUGCCUUCGGAGCGUUCCAAACCUUCUACGAACUCGAUCUGCUGAGCGCAAAGUCCCCGUCCGACAUAUCGUGGAUUGGAUCGACCCAGGCGUUUCUCAUGUUUAUCCUGUCCGCCUUCGUGGGGCCCGUCGUCGACGCAGGCUUUCUACGCUCUUUACUCAUCCUCGGAUCCCUGCUGGCGAUCCUCGGGAUGUUCAUGACCAGUCUCUGCUCUCAGUACUGGCAGGUCUUUCUCGCGCAGGCCCUCACGAUGGGUCUGGGCUUUGGUUGCCUUUACGUGCCUGCUCCGGCGGUGGUCUCGCAGUACUUUCACCGGAAUACCGCGCUGGCAAUGGGCGUGUCCUCAGCGGGGAGUGCGAUCGGUGGCGUGAUAUACCCGAUUAUCUUCGCGCGUCUCCAGCCCCGGAUCGGCUUCGGCUGGGCCACUCGAGUGAUCGGGUUCAUCGUCCUAGCGACCUCCCUCUUCCCCGUGUGUUUGAUGAAGUCCAAAUCUCCCCCGACCCGGCAAUACAAUCUGCUCGAUCGAACCACGUUCACGGACGCGCCGUACCUACUGUUCAAUCUCGGUCUGAUAUUCGGGUUCAUGGGCUUCUACAUCAUCUUCUACUACAUCGAACUCUACGCCCGCCAAGAAACCAGCAUCUCGCCGGUCCUAGCGACCUACCUGCUCGUGAUCAUCAACGCGAGCUCCCUCCUCGGUCGUGUGGUUAUUCCCUUCUACGCUGACCGGAUCGGGUCGAUUAAUGUCCAAACCCUCGUCGCGCUGGUGGGCGCGGUUCUCACGUUCUCCCUCCUCGCAAUCGAGAACGCCCCCGGCCUCGUGGUCUACUCCGUCAUCUAUGGAAUCUGCGCCGGGGCAUUCAUGGGCCUCCCAGCUGCAGGUGUGGUGAGUCUCUCAGCGGACAGGAGCAAGAUCGGCGCCCGACUGGGAAUGACCUUGGCUGUUGUCGGAUGCGGCGUGCUAGGAAGCAACCCGAUCGCAGGAGCAAUCGUGAACGGACGAGGCGGGUGGACGGGGCUGAUUACAUGGUGUGGAGCGCUACUUACAGCGUCCUUCAUUAGCAUGACCGCCAGCAGAGUGUGUAAAAUCGGGCCUGGGUUCAAGAAAGUGAUCUAG